GUGUGCUGACGUGCUCUCAGUGAGGUCGUGAUGACGACAUCGACGGUGCAGUCCAGCUAACAUCAGCCCCUCGGAGCCUUCGGUUCGUUUACUGGGUCAUUUCUUACCUUAGAGGACGGUGAAUCUGCAGUCCUGUAUACUAAACAGGAGAACGAGCUUUCCAUCAUGAACUGCGACAUAGAUGGAGACAUGGAGAACCAGGUGGAGAUGGAGGAGAAGACGAGGUUAAUAAACCAAGUUUUGGAGCUUCAGCACACACUUGAAGACCUGUCGGCACGAGUCGACGCAGUCAAGGAGGAAAACCUGAAGUUGAAGUCUGAGAACCAGGUCCUCGGUCAGUACAUCGAGAACCUCAUGUCGGCCUCCAGCGUCUUCCAGACCACCGACACUAAGAGCAAACGGAAGUGAGCUGUGAGCCGAUAUAAAACCUGAGGUCCCAGGUCCGCGGCUGGGAGAGGAAACCCAAGACAUGGAGAGGGGUUUGUUUUCUCAGCGGACCUGACUGUUUCCUGUAAACUCUCUUACCUGAGUCCAAACUAACUAAAUCAUUCAAAACAUUAACUGACUUUAUCGCCUGUCCAGUGGCUCAGAAAUUGAUAAAUAUCAUGUUUGUGUGGCCCCAGGUCUUUUUGGCAGACAAGGUAGUUUUUAAGUGUUUUAACGUGUUUAAGGAUCAUUUGUACCAUGAGUUUCUUCUUCGUCUGUAAAAUAAUUCUUAGCUUUGUUUCGCCUGCUUGGUUUUCAGUUUGAGGACAACUCUGACAUUUCUGUGGUUUUUCCCCAACAUUCUCAGUGUUCUCGUCCCGGCUGAUCUGUGAGUGGGCUUAAACAAACCAUUAAAAUUACAAGUAACUGUUGGACCACCAACCUCACUUUCAACACUGAUUUAUUUAAUUUAUUAUUGUACAGUAUUUUCUACGUCAGCUGGAACUGAGUUUGUAGUAGCUCUCAGAUGUCAUGGUGUCUGUGUAAAGCAUGACCGUAUUCCUCCAAUUAAAAGCUGAGAAACUGGACAGUGUUACUGAAAAUGAAAAAAAACCUUAUAUGGCAUGUGUGAGUCAUACAACUCUGAAAUGGUUUUAAUGGUUUAGCAUAUCUAAUGAAAUUGCAUUAAAAUAAUAGUCAUUGAAA